AUGGAAAUUAUGGAUUGCCCAAUAUGUUAUGGACCCUUAACAACUCUAAUUAUUCAGUGUGAAAAUGGGCAUGCAACAUGCAACGCAUGCUCGGAGAAGACUCAAAAGUGCCAUUCUUGCACCCUUCCUAUCGGGAGAAUGAGGAACCGGAUUCUGGAAGAUGUUGCUGAGUCAUUGAGAGUUUGUUGCUCAUUCAAGAAUUAUGGAUGCCCAAAAACUGGAACAUCUGAAAUGAUUUAUGCUCACUGUAAAGUGAUGCAUAAAGAUUUUAUGAAGCCGUUUGUCUAUGGUCGUAAAUUCCCUGUUUCUGUCCAGCUGAAUGAUAAUCUUUUUAUUCUCCAAGAGGAAAACACAGACAUUGUGUUUGUUCUGAACAACACAAUGUGUUCUUAUUGGAAUAUUCUGACAAUGUGUUGUCUUGGACCGAAAGCAACUGGAUGCUGCCCCUAUGAAAUUGAAGUUAAUGCCAACUCAAGUCACAAGUUUCACAGUGCUACCCAGAACAUUCAAGGCACCAGCAAUUACUAUCGUUCUUUUUCAGGGUUCCUUCUUGAUAGUGACCACGAAUUUUUCGCUGACGGUAUGAUCAAGAUGGAGUUUUGUGUUUAUCACGCACUGAAGCUUGCUUAUGAGGAUGACUUGUUUAUCUAUUCUUGUUUAUGUAUUUUUGCUUAA